UCUUCUUCCUUAAUUCAAAUAGGCCCCAUUUCAAAGAUUGUAUUGUGUUAGAUUAAUAGUUAACUUUUUGAGUAACCCCCCCUUUUAUAUUACGUUAUCUUUGGAACUGUUAUGUAUAAUCCAUCAAAUAAUUGUUGUAAUUAAUUGAGGUAAGAUCUAUACGCAGCCUUUUUUCCUCGUGACUGCUGAAUGUCUUGUCCUAAGAGGAAUUUUUCUUUUUUUUAGGGGUCGGUCGAAAUAGUUGACCCGCCCCCUCCCGAUUAUAUUUUAUGAUAGUUUUUUCCAUUCAUUGUAAUCUGUAAAUUUUUAAUAUAUUCAGAAAAUAAAUCAUUAUCACUCUUGAACCUCAACCUUACCCAAGGAACAAAAAUACACUUUUAUGUUGGAAUAAGAUCAUUCCGAUCAGUGUCAAAGAGUGCCUACCAGUGGCAGAGUCGGAGAGAUACUUAAGUGGGCUAGAAGACAUUGGAUAAUCAUGGUAAUAGCCUAUGAAAGAAAAAAAAACUGAUAAAUGUAUUGCAUUAUGCAAAAUUGAGUAAAUUACCAUAAAUGAUCUGUACCACAAAACGUAUUUUUGCCAUAUGAAACCAUUUCUUUUAUGCUUAGUCAUGCUCAAAUUCUAUGAUGUAAUCUAAAACAAAUAUACUUUGGUAAUGUUAAAUAUGUACCGUAGGAACAUGAUAAUCGUUAAAUAGAACAUGCUAUUCAUCCGUUCAUGAUGAGAUACAAAUAUUGAAGUUACUCAUGUUGUUUCAAGUGUUUGUAUUGAGUUUUCACAAGUCAUGUUAAUUCUAUGUUUCCCUUAGCUCAUUACAGUAUCAUGUGCCAUAUAUUUGUUUUAUUGUAAUACGUUCAUUUUGGAAUGUUAUCUCGCUGAUAGCUGCUCAAUAUUCCAUUGCUCAAAUUAUCACUCCACCUGGACUCAUAGAGCUCUCUCUCAUCAUCCAAUUUUCUUGACUCCACAGAUCAGAUUUUCUAAUUUUAUUCCAACAAAUUAAGUUUGCAGUGUUAUUUGCUGUCACAGAAGCCGACCCAUCCUAAGUAAAAUCUCUAUUAAUAAUCUCCAGUUCACAGUACUCCCUCCCUAUUUUGUUCCAGUCAUGGAUUCAAAAAUUUCUUCUGAUCUUCUCUCGGAUCCUGCAUUUGUUGCUCCAGAUCCAGAGAAGAUGGUGGCACAUGCUCUUGAACAUGGAAAACGUGGCGAUCCUACAAGCAUACUAAAAUCUAUGGAUGAGUAUUGCUGGAAAUAUGCUAAAAGGAGUAUGAAUAUAGGAGAUACAAAAGGUGUUAUUUUAGAUAGCCUUUUCAAAGAGAGAGACCCCAAAGUUGCGAUUGAGCUUGGUUCAUUUGUCGGAUACAGUGCAGUCAGAAUGGCUCGUUUUCUGAAAGAUGGUGGGAAGCUGUAUUGCCUUGAAAUUAAUCCUGAAUAUGCCAAAUUGGUUGAAAAACUUGUAGAUUAUGCUGGAUUAUUAGACAAGAUUUGUAUCAUUGUCGGGACUUCUGAUGAAGUAAUUCCAACCUUGAAAGCCAAACAUGGCAUUGACAAGUUGGAUUUUGUUUUCAUUGAUCAUAUGAAAGCACUAUACAAGCCGGAUUUGAUUAGCCUUAUAAAGAAUGAUCUACUUGCGAAGGGUUCUGUUGUCGUGGCUGAUAAUGUAAUAUACCCAGGUGCCCCAGAGUAUCUUGAAUAUGUUCGCAAUGAACCGCUAUUUAAAAGUACAUUCUUCAAAAGCCAUUUGGAAUACAGGCCUGAGGUAGAAGAUGGUCUGGAAAAAUCUGUCUUUUUGGGGAAAUAAAUGAAAAUCUUUCCAGAACCCUUGAGACAAUAGGUGAAUAAAUACGUGAAUCGUUUAAUUGUUACACUAUUUCUAUCAUGAUUAAACACUGAUUAUCAACAAUGAUAAGUGUAUGUUAUAAUGUAAACAGAUUUCUUUACUAUGAUUCAGGUUUAAUUCUUUCACUACUGGGUUAUUGUUCUUAUUUAGUUUUCUUGUUCUAUUUUUGAUGACCAAAAUUGUAUUCGUUGUUCUCGAAUUCAACAUACUAUUUAUUCAUUCUGUUUUUAUAGACAUAUUGCUUGAGUUGUAGUGUCUUCAAAGUCUUUUGUAUGUGAUUAAAUGUUAGUGCCAUAGAUAUAUAAUAUGAAAAAGAAUAUAUAUAUACCUUUAUUGAUUUACAUAAUUAUGGGUAUUUUUAACCAAAAUAAUUAUAUAAUCGACACAAUUCUCAAUUUUUUCUAUCAAUGCAAUUUUGUUAUUGUAUAUUUUUAUCAUUAAUAUACGUACAUAUUUAUAGAAGUGUAGCAAAAAUGACUUACCGGUAAUAUUAAUAAAUAUAGCAGUGAUAUUAGUCUGUCCAAGUAUUUGUAAAACAAAAAGUUUCAUUGGUAUAUUUUUGACACCCCAUGAUUUUAUGCUAGAUUCAUUUAUGAUUCUCGUUAUUUUUAAAAUAAUAUCCCCCAAUAUCUCAAUGUCUGCUACUCUGCUUAAUUAGAGUAUUGUCGGCUGGGACAAAUAUGUUCAAUUAUUUCAUAAAUUCAUUUCAAAUAGUUGUUUUAAAUAUGUAUAUCUAGUAACUGGUUCCUUAAUUCAUUUCAUGCACACUGAUCAAUACGAUUGUAUCAUCAUGUAUUCUAG